GGAGACUAUUUUACUCAAACCCAAUUCUUGAGAUCAGAUUCUUUUUUUAUUCAAAUCUGGAAAUCAUAAUUAUGAAUAAAACAUUGACCUAAAUAAUAACAAUUGGUGUUUUCUAUUCAAUUACAAUUUGACUUAAACGAACAUUUCGUAAAGAACAAUAAAACAAAAAGAAAACAAAGAAAUACUCAUGGUUACAGAAGGAAUUAAUGAAAAUUUAAUUGAAGAAUCUUUACAACAACCUGUACCUUUAGAUUUAUCUUAUCAUUCAUCUAUUUCAAAUCAAUCAAAUAUUUCUAAUCAAUUAACAAUUUCAACAAUAACAACACCAUUUAUUAAUAAAUAUAAUAAAUCUACUGAUAUACAAUUAAGUAGUUUACAACAUACAUAUAUUAAUAUACCAAUGAAAACAUCACAAUUUAAUGAUAAAUUUUAUUUUUCACAAUCAUCUAUUAUAGAACAAAUGAAUACAUUAUAUAAAUCUAAUUUAGAAAAAUUACAAAUGUUUUAUACAUUAAAAAGAAAUCAAUUAAAAUCUAUAAAUGAUUUCUAUUAUUCAACAUUAAUAACUAUACCACCACCUGAACAAUUAUUAGCAUUAACAAUGUUACAUAAUCAUAAAUCUAUUAAAUUUACUCCAAUAAUCAAUACGAGUAAUAAUAAUAAUAAUAAUAUUUCAUUGUUACCAAGGCAAUUAAAUCAAACGAUUAAAAAUGACUUAGUUACUAAUUACUCUUCAACUAUUCCAUCAUUAUAUGAUAAUCAAUUGAUCGAUUUAAACAAUAAUAAUAAUAAUAAUCAAUAUUUUAAUUCAAUUCCAUUUGAAUUAAUAUCGAUUUAUUUAAAAAUGUUACAAAAAUCAAAAAAUGUUAAUGACAUUUAUAAAAAUGAUGAGAAUAACUAUUCUUAUGAAACAAUUUAUAAAUGGUUAUUAUCAUUACGUAAGAAUAUUUAUACAAAAAUUGAUAAAGAUUUAAAUAAUCCACCAUUAAAUUAUUCAAUUAAAACAAAACUUUCACAAACAGUAGUUCAUGUUGAAAGUGAUCAUAAUAAUAAUAAUAAUAAUAAUAAUAAUAAUAAUAAUAAUAAUAAUAAUAAUAAUAAUAAUAAUGGUAAUGGUAUUAAGAAUAUACCUAAGAAACAUAAAACAAUCACAAAUGUUUUAGAUGUAUUACCAUCAGAUAAUAUAGAAAUAGUACAAGGAUUAUUAUCAACAUGUGUAAAUCAUAUUACAUCUAAACAUGAACGUUAUACAUGCCAUUUUUGUGGUAAAUUAUUUCCUAGAUCAGCUAAUCUUACUAGACAUAUACGUACACAUACUGGUGAACAACCAUAUAAAUGUAUACAUUGUCCAAGAUCAUUUAGUAUUAGUUCUAAUUUACAACGUCAUAUACGUAAUAUACAUCAAAAAGAAAGACCAUUUCAUUGUAAUGUUUGUUUAAAACGUUUUGGACAACGUGCUAAUUUAGAAAGGCAUGUUCGAAAUCAUUUAAUUAGUAAAUAUCAUCAUCAUCAUCAUCACCAUCAUCAUCAACAGCAACAUCAAUAUAAGUCAUUAUUAUCAUCUACAUGGUCAUCAUCAUAAUCAUCUUUCAUCUUUUCAACAAUGAAGACAAAUUUUUCCCUAGAAUAACAUGAUAUUGUAUUCAGUAAUACAAAUAGAGUUUAUCCUAUUGCUGUCUAUCAAUCAGACAGACAUUACUCUUUAUGUAUUCUUAUUUAAAGCCUUUAGUAUUAGUGAUUUUGUGACUUUCUUCUCAAAUCAACCUUGAUAAAGAAUUUUUUUGAUCUUCUUGUGUUCAUAUAUACACAUACUUG